GCCACAGGGCUGACGUGGAGCGUCCCGGUUAGCGGGCGCGGCGAGCUGCGGGAUUGGGGAGCGACAAGCCGGCCCGGGCCCUCUGGCCCUCGGCAGUGGCUGCAGAGGUAUAAAGCUGGCGACGGGGAGCAUGUAAUGUCGGAAUGCGGAGGCCGCGGCAGCGGCGGCAGCAGCAGCAGCAGCAGCAGCAGCGGCGACGACGCCGAGGACGAGGGUGGCGGCGGCGGAGGCCCCGCGGGCUCCGGCUCCCUCAGCCCGGUCCCGACUGGAGUGUCCUCGGCGGGCCGACUCCGUCGCGGAUUGCGUGGCGCCUCCCUCAUGGCACGCCGGCGGCCCGAGCUGCUCUGCGGGGCGGUGGCGCUCGGAUGCGCGCUGCUCCUUGCCCUCAAGUUUACCUGCAGUCGAGCAAAAGAUGUGAUAUUACCAGCAAAGCCACCUGUCAGCUUUUUCUCCUCGAGGUCUCCGGUUCUUGACCUCUUCCAGGGUCAGCUGGACUACGCAGAGCAUGUUCGCCGGGAUUCGGAGGUGGUUCUGCUCUUCUUCUAUGCCCCGUGGUGUGGACAGUCCAUCGCUGCCAGGGCAGAAAUUGAGCAAGCAGCGAGUCAGCUUUCAGACCAGGUGUUGUUUGUGGCAAUUAACUGUUGGUGGAACCAGGGGAAAUGCAGAAAACAGAAGCAUUUCUUUUAUUUUCCUGUAAUAUAUCUGUAUCAUCGAAGUUUUGGACCAAUCGAAUACAAAGGCCCCAUGAGUGCUGUUUACAUUGAGAAGUUUGUCCGCCGGGUGAUGAAACCACUUCUGUACAUCCCAUCUCAAUCAGAGUUACUAGAUUUUCUCUCAAACUACGAGCCUGGAGUACUCGGGUACUUUGAGUUCAGUGGCUCACCCCAGCCUCCUGGUUAUUUGACCUUCUUCACCUCAGCAUUACAUUCAUUAAAGAAAGAUUACCUAGGAACAGUACGAUUUGGGGUUAUCACAAAUAAACAUCUUGCGAAACUGGUAUCCUUAGUACACUCUGGAAGUGUGUAUUUACAUAGACAUUUCAACACAUCACUUGUCUUUCCCAGGGAGGUCAUUAACUACACAGCUGAGAACAUCUAUAAGUGGGCCUUAGAAAACCGAGAGAUGCUCCUUCGAUGGAAUAAUGAACUGAAGAAAGGACCAGCCCUUUUUUUAUUUAUACCUUUUAAUCCCUUAGCCGAAAGUCAUCCUUUAAUAGAUGAGAUCACCGAAGUGGCCUUGGAGUACAACAACUGUCACAGGGACCAGGUGGUGGAGCGGCUCCUACAACACCUGCGGCGAGUGGAUGCCCCGGUAUUCAAGUCUCUGGCAUCCAAGCGCCCAGUCCAGCUGUCGGACGCACCGCUGAUAACGGUUUCACCUUGCUGCAACACCGUGGUGCUGCCCCAGUGGCACUCCAUCUCCAGGACCCACAAUGUCUGUGAGCUGUGUGUCAACCAGACGGCUGUAGGCAUCAGGCCGAGCUCAGUCAGCAUGCCACAGUGCAGCUUUCUCGAGAUGGCAGCAGCUGUGGAUUCUUUCUACCUCAAGGAGCAGGCCUUUUAUCACGUGGCAUCAGACAGCGUGGAGUGUAGCAAUUUUCUGAGUUCUUACAGCCCAUUCAGCUACUACACUGCAUGUUGCAGGACCUUGAACAGGGGUGUGGAGGGCUUCAUUGGUUCUGAAGCCCCGAGCGUUGCAUUUUCUUCCCUUGAGAAGGAAUGUGAGGUCAGUACUCCAGGCCCCAUUCCUCACAUUGAGGAGAACAGGCAUCUCUUUCCUGAAGUGGACAUGAGCAGCACAAACUUCACCGGUCUGAGCUGCAGAACCAACAAGACCCUGAACCUCUACCUUCUGGAUUCAAAUUUGUUUUGGUUAUAUGCAGAGAGGCUGGGCGCUCCCAGCACCACUCAGGUGAAAGAAUUUGCCGCCAUCGUUGAUGUGAAAGAAGAGUCCCACUAUAUCUUGGAUCCAAAACAAGCUCUCGUGAAGUUCACCUUAGAGUCUUUCAUUCAGAACUUCAGCAUUCUCUACAGUCCCUUGAAAAGGCAUCUUAUCGGAAGUGACUCUGCCCAGUUCCCUUCUCGACAUUUAAUCACUGAAGUGACAACCGAUACCUUUUGGGAAGUAGUGCUUCAAAAGCAGGAUGUUUUGCUGCUUUAUUACGCACAGUGGUGCGGCUUCUGUCCAUCCCUCAAUCACGUCUUUAUCCAGCUAGCUCGUCUCCUGCCAGCAGAUACAUUCACCGUGGCAAGGCUUGAUGUAUCUCAAAAUGAUCUUCCUUGGGAAUUUAUGGUUGACCGUCUUCCUACUGUCUUAUUUUUUCCCUGCAACAGAAAGGACCUAAGUGUGAAAUACCCCGAAGACCUUCCCAUCACCCUUCCAAAUCUGCUGAGGUUCAUUUUGCAUCACUCAGACCCCGCUUCCGUCUCCCACAACUUGGCUAACCGUUCUACCAAAGAGUGUCUCCGGAGCGAGGCAGUCUUACAGCAGGGGCACAUCUCCCACUUGGAGAGAGAGAUCCAGAAGCUGAGGGCAGAGAUCAGCACCCUCCAGCGGGCCCAGGUGCAGGUGGAGGCCCAGCUGUCCCGUGCACGCAGGGACGAGCACCGGCUCCUGCAGCAGCAGCAGACCCUGGAGCAGCAGCACGGCCUGCUCCGGCUGCACAGCGAGCAGCUGCAAGCCCUGUAUGAGCAGAAGACCCGGGAGCUCGAGGAGGUGGCCCGCAAGCUCCAGGAGCUGGCUGAUGCCUCAGAAAACCUGCUCACCGAGAACACGUGGCUCAAGAUCCUAGUAGCGACCAUGGAGCGGAAACUGGAGGACAGGGACAGAGCCGAAGCCCUCAUGCCCCCGGAAGAGGCGCCCUCUGGCCACCCUGAGCCUUCAGGGGCCCCCCGGUUUCCUGGCAAUACCCCUCCGCCUGCCAACGUCAGCUCCCCGCUGGCCUCUGAAAGGAGCGAUGAGAACAGGACAGACUAACUUUUUAAAUGACAUGAAGAAAUCAGAGGUGAAAACUGUACAUUGGGAAUAUAUUUAUGCAAAUUUUAUUGAAAUUUAUUGUAAAUAAAGAUUUUCUCAGUGGUCUAGAAAAUCAA